AGCCGGUCAGUUGACAUCCCUCGCCUACAUUGAAAAGGCGUGAUCUAGUUUGUCUUGUUGUAUUGAUUCGCUCUCACUGAUUCAGCUAUGGCGGGCGAACCACACGUCAUAGCACUAUCAUUUAGUGAAAGCAAGUCGAUAGAUGGCGACACAGGAUUCCGACUGGAAAGGGUGCACCUUGCAGAUGUGGACAGGCGUAGGGCAGUGUAUCGUGAUGAGGGCAACCGGGUAGUCGUAUACAGUGAUCAACUCGUUGCUCUGGAUAAUGAUGUUCUGUCCGAGGCUGAGGUGGCGAUGAAAUUUUCAUUCCUUGUGGCUAAUCGACAACAAAGCAAGAGAUGGCAGUGCAUACGGCGCAUUUAUGUAUGGUACUCUGAUAGUGCGGACUACGACACGUAUAAAAAGAGGGCCGUGGAGAUGUUUAAUAAUAUUUUUGACACCAUGCCAGCAGAUUCAACAAACUACGUCAUGAAGGUGCUUGGUCACGUGGAAAGAAACGUCAUAAUCCGAAAACUUGUCAGCAUAGGUCACCUGACCCAUUGCACUGAUGACGUGGAUUCCACUGUCUCAAGUCAGAAAACCUCGGAGAUAAAACGGUCGAAAGUCUCAGUGAAAAUCUCACAAGAAAAAGCUUCUCUUUAUGAAAGCAUCAUUCCCGAUUCGAUUAAAAAAAUCGCGGAUCCAAAGAAGACAAACAACAGUCAAGAAAUCCGCCAGCGAUUCCGAUCGACGAUCAUCUGGGUAGCUAAGAAGCAGUGCAUACUUGAGGUACUGGAGCAAGCUUUCCCCAAUGCACUGAAUAUGGACCAACUACUUAGACGCUGUAACUCCAUAGAGAAAGAUAAGUUCGUUGUUGUGAUAAUUCUGAAGGAACUAGAAAACAAAGGCCUUAUCAAAACUGUCGCGGGAAAGUACAUGCGUGUGCCAAAGGGCAAAGGUCAUGUCGUCAAAUUUGUAAAGCAGUUUCCAACACUGCCAAAAGAGGAGCAACCUACCAUCGGCGUCGUAACUGCGCUCUAUUGUGAAAAGUUGGCCGUGGACGCCAUGUUGGGACAGAAGAUUUCUUACGUCAAAUACAAGGGAGAAGGAAACGAGGGUGACAACCACGUCUACACCCUGGGGACCAUAGGGCAGCACAAGGUGGUGGUGACUAAACUGGCACAAAUAGGAACUGAGGGAGGAGCCGCCACCUCGGCAGAGAAUACCAUUACAAGGCUGCUUGGUACUUUCAGCUUGCUGAAACACGUAUUCAUUGUCGGAGUUUGUGGUGCCGUGCCAGGAACGACAACCGUGAGACUGGGUGACGUCAUAGUGUCCACUUCCGGUGAAGCCUACGUUUCGUGCGAUCGCGCCGACAAGGACGAGACUACAGGGAAAUACGUUCCUAGUACGAGGGUUUGGUCUCCAAAGGAUAGCACUCUCUCAAAACUCGCGCUUUCACUCAAAAAGGCCAAAGAGGAAGGAAACAAAAGCAAAAAAUGGAGACGUAAUCUUGAACAAGGUCAGAAGGCUGUGUCACAAGGAGAAGUCAACUUCCUCAAUUUUGGCAAACCUGGCACCGGCGACAAAAAGCCAAAGGUCCAUUUUGGUGCGUUCGGAAGCGGGAAAGCGGUAAUGGCAGACGACAACUUGCGUGUGGAACUCGCAAAAUCCCGCAACAUAGUAGGCUUCGAUCAUCAUUUCAGCGCCGUAUUUUCGUCCAUGGAAGGCAGCCGACAUGAUAGUUGGCUCAUCAUCCGGGGCGUUGCAGACAACGUUGACGGGUGGCAGCAAUGUAGAUGGCACUUCGGCGCAAAAUGGCAGCCUUUUGCCUCACUGACUGCGGCCGCGUACCUCAAAGGAUUAAUCAUGGCUCUGAAGUAGCAAACAAGGCAAAGUCCCGUGUUUACAGGAUUGUACUGCCAGCCCCAAGAUAACAAUGCUUUGUAGGAUUAUGUAAUUAUUAACGAAAUUUAGCAAGGCUUUAACUAAACAGAAGACAAAUC